AUGAAAUUUCUGACCUCUCCUUUCUACAUCACUAAGCAGUCCGUUCAACCUUCUAUCACUACUACUUACACGAUGAAGUUCUCAACUACCGCAAUCAUUUCUGCUCUUUUCGCUUCUGCUGUCAUGUCAGCCCCUGCUCCAAAUGCCGAUGCUGUCGCCAAUGCUGAUGCUGAUGCUGACGCACGCUGGCAAUGGAGAAGCUUUGAGAGAAACAGAGCCAUUUACAAGAGAGAGGCUGAUGCCGAUGCCGAUGCCGAUGCUGAUGCUGAUGCUGAUGCUGAUGCCGAUGCACGCUGGCAAUGGAGAAGCUUUGAGAGAAACAGAGCCAUCUACAAGAGAGAUACCAACUCCACUGCCGAAUUGGGUGAGGAUAUUGUUGGAUUUGCUGUCGCUUUCAAUGAUGCUGGUGUACCAGUCGAUGUUGUCUACGCUAAGAGCGAGUAA